UAAGAUUAUAUACCUAUUCCCUAUACAAGCCAAGACAUUUAAUGACGUGUAUGAUGGAUACGAUGUCAUAGCGCAAGCAAGAACUGGUACGGGCAAGACACUAUCCUUUGCUCUGCCCUUGGUGGAAAAAUUGAAGGACAUACCCCGCAAGAGUGGACGUCCACCUACCGUGAUGGCACUCGCUCCCACAAGAGAACUAGCCAAGCAGGUGUGUGAGGAGUUUGAGGCCAUCAGCCCCUCCCUGACCACCUGCUGCAUUUAUGGGGGUGUGGCCUACUGGCCCCAAGAGUCAGCCCUUCGCAAGGGCAUUGAUGUGCUGGUGGGCACACCCGGACGUGUCCUGGACUAUGUGCGCAAGCGAACACUGGACCUGACACGGCUAAAGCAUGUGGUGCUUGAUGAGGUGGACCGCAUGCUAGACAUGGGCUUUGCCGAAUCAGUAGAAGAGAUUCUAUCAGCUGUAUACAGUGUCAGAGAUCCUAUUGACAGGGCCUCUUCAGCCAGUGAGGAGGAACACCCUACCAACCCCCAAACCUUGCUAUUCUCAGCCACUGUUCCGUCCUGGGUGCACAACACUGCUAGAAAGUACAUGAAGCAAGAACUGAGGAAGCAUGACCUGGUAGGGACACAAUCAGUGAAGACUGCCAAGAAUGUCAAGCAUUUGGCUAUCCGUUGCAACUACAGUGACCGCCCCAGCUUGAUCAAUGAUGUGAUUCGUGUCUACAGUGGGCUGAAUGGACGUAGCAUGAUCUUUUGUGAGACCAAAGUGGAAGCCAAUGAGCUGUCAAUGAACCCUGCCAUGAAGAUUGACGCUCAGGUUCUGCAUGGUGACAUCCAACAGCAGCAGCGAGAAAUUACAUUGAAGGGAUUCCGUGAGGGCAAGUUUCAGUGUCUUGUUACAACAGAUGUUGCAGCUCGAGGCCUUGACAUCCCUGAGGUGGAUCUAGUCAUUCAGUGCUCACCGCCAAGGGAUGUUGAUUCUUACAUCCAUCGUUCAGGGCGCACAGGCCGGGCAGGACGCUCAGGUAUCUGUGUGUGUUUCUAUAAGCCACAGGAAGAACAUGACAUCAGACGUGUGGAAAACCAGGCAGGCAUGAGGUUUACCAAGACAGCCCCUCCACAGCCUGAGGACAUUAUCAAAGCUAGUUCUGCAGAGGCUGCAAAAUCACUUGGGGCAGUCCCAGCAACUAUAGCAGAUUACUUCAGACUGGCAGCAAGGGAACUUCUAGAAGAGACCUCAGCCGAGGAAGCCUUAGCCACAGCUCUAGCAUACAUGUCAGGAGCCACAGAGCUCAAGACACGAUCCUUGAUCACUGCCCAACAGGGCCAAAUAACCUACCUCCUGAAGACCAAUUACAAGAUGUACUCUACCCAGGAUGCUAUACAGGCUUUAGGGUUUCAGCUGUCCAAAGACAUCAAGUCGGCUAUCCGAGAGGUGCGUGUCUGUAAGGACAUGAUGUCAGCAGCACUGGACAUCCCACAAAACUUGGAGAACAGACUGCUGAAACAAUGGCAAAAUUCACCAGACUGCUCCCUGACUUGUGCAACUGAGUUGCCUGACAUUAUCCCUUCAGGAGGGGCACGUGGAAGUAGCCGCUUUGGGGGUGGAGGAGGGACAAGGCGAUGGGGUGGGGGAGGUAGGGAUAGGAGAGGAGGGGGUAGAGGUGAUGGCAGGAGAAAUGGGGGUGGAAGCAGAAGUGGUCGACGAGGUGGGGCAGGUGGAAGACGGAGUGGGGGAAGGGGACACAGGAGGUAGAUCUUGUGAGGAAUGGACCCUUCAAGAAGCGGUUUUAGGAUUUGAUUUACCCUGUGCGUUUUACAUUAUUCAAAUACCUGUGACAGUUUGACCAUGGAGCUUAUUAAACACAAGUGAGCACAUACAGAGAUCAAAGGAUCAGUGAUGGCCACUGCCAGCACUGCAAGGACAAAUCAAACUACUUGCCGUGUGUUGGCUAUAAGGAAUGCUGGGAGUUGUGCUUGCAAAGGAUUGCAGGUACCGUGCUUGCCUGUCCGUAAACUUCCACAUGUUCAACAUGGCUGCCAUCGAGACGGAAACCACUGUCAUUGGAGACUUAAAAUUUUGAUAAUUUUAGUGAUUGUUCUGAAAUUCCAAUGAUAAUGAAAGACUGGUUACGUCUUUAUAUCUCCAAAAUGUCUCUCUUAACAAUAAAUAAAAUUAAUGACAAUCACAAAUUCUCCAAAAAUACAUGAGAAAAGUGAAAGAAUGUAACUAGUCCAGAGGAAAAUUAAAAAACAAGGACGAUUUGUUGUCCUUUCUGUCAUUGUCCCCAACUGUCUCGGCAUGAAACCUUGCAAACACAUUCGUGCGGUAUGUUUCAACGUUUUAACCCUAGGAACCACUAGGAUUUCAAAUUAUGAUUAAAAUAUUGCAGUUCACGUUUUGGGUAUAUGUUCUCUACAGUGGGAACCGCAAAACUUCAUAACUGACUUUGGAAAGUAUGAUUUUUACCAAAUGAUCACCGCUGAUUCAGAAUUCAGAAAGAAGUGCUAUUGUAGAGAAUUACGCAUCUUCUUUGUGCAUGUAUAUCUGUUCCACCAGUUAUUUACUCCAGUAGGCAGGAGCAAAACACGGGGAGUCUGUGGGUUACCAGCAAGCCGACGGUGAUGAUCACUGUGUACAAGGAAUGUCUAGGGUCAUCAACACUAUGGCUGGUACAUGUAACUGCAAUUUGUCUAUGGAGCUGACGAGAGCGGUUAAUCAGAUUACGAUGUGUGGGCACUUUUUCUAACUCCGUGUGUUUAAUAGCUCCAUGGUAUGAGUAACCCAUCGGUUGUAGUUGUUUGCAGAAAUAAAGCAACCAAUCAAAUCAAGGGUAGUGUGGUAUGGUACACGUACCGUUCCCUUUCCUAAUUUUCCUAACUGUAUUUUGGAUCACUAAGCAGGCAAGCAGUGAGUGCUUGUAAGUAGUAGGCAACGGGUGGGGUUAUCUUCCACUUCAACACACAGCAUAAUGUGAAGUUUCAUAUAUUGGAUUCAAGUAAUGGCACAUUUGCUCAGUGUUGUAUCAAAGUGAACUGAAAAUUGUACACAUUUUCAGAAAAAGAAUGGAGAAAAUAACACAUACCCUUGGAUUGUCCCAAAAUCGCAUGGAAAUUGUGUUUGGAUUCAAAUUUAAGUCUAUAUUAUGAGGAAUCCAAAGUACAUCAAUAUUCCAACCUGCUGGGAACGAAUCCUUUAUAAAGUUUUAUAAUAAUAAUAAAUUUUUCUGGAAUUUCUUAGUUUUUGUUGUUAGAAAUAAAUAUUUAUUUACUUGGAGAUCUUUCCAAUUUUAGUUGCUUUUAGUAGUUGCUUUAUAGGUGUUUAGUUUACAUGUAUUUUCCUCGUGGUGUUCAUACAUUUUUUUUAUUGUCAUUAGAUUAUUGGUUAAUGUUUGUUGUACUCAAUACGUAACAAUUACCAUUUAUCAAAAAUGGUGUUCAAGGAAACGAUAUGAAAUAAUCAUUGUGUUGGUGUUGCCCAACCCUCCAAGAUUUGCAACCACUGUCAUGCACAAGGGAUCCUUGUGAUCUGGGGAAGACAACAUGCAUAGACGCAUAAAACUAUAGAGGGCAAGAGAAAAAGUGUGUCAAAAUGCAUCAGGCAAUAAGCCAUUCCACAUGGAUGUGUAUUUAUCUCUUUCAGACUCUUUGUAUGAAUGGAAAAAUGUUUUGAAGGGAUUUUAGUUCAAAAGUAUUACAUUCAUAUUUUAAAUUCUAUGAUGUGGUUCGUGCUUCAAUUAUAAAAUGAAAUAAAUAUCGUAAUACUCUACAUUGUUGGGAUGAAAAUAUAACAUGUACCUCUGAAUAAAAAAAAACAGUUGAAAAA